AUGACGCGCCAAGUCCAAUUUCUUCCCACCACUCUCUCUCUCUUGACCAUUGUCACUCAACUCUCUCGGCCACAAUGGCCAGACCGCAACCCCCAAAACGCAAACCCACCCCCCCCAAAUGCCUCCAAUGCAUCCCGAAAGCGCGCCAAAACCUUCGACGCGCGCACCCUGGCCGUCCAAUCCGCCGACGCCGCCCUCUCCGCAACAGGCGAGCUCGACGUCGCCGCCUAUGCCGCCGCGCGCGCAUUUGAGAUCAAUGCCCUGGAGGAGGGCAUGCAGCGGUCGAGAAGUGUGUUGACUACUCGUGCGUUUCAGAAGGUGCCUCGGGCCUUGCGCCGCAGGACGGCGAGCCAUAAUGUUAAGCGCGAUAAUACCCCCACCGUCACAGCGCGACGCCGCAAACCAACCCAACUCAUGCGCCUCCGCCUCGAAUCUGCCCGCCGGCUACAGAACCUCAACGCGCGCACCAAGGCCCGGCGCGCCGCUGCGAAAGCCAAACGGACACAAAGCGAACAAACGGCCCUCAAGGAAGCAGGGAGCCAUCCCUUCGAGAUCGCACCGCGCGUGCCCAAGAUCAAAAAGAAUAAGCUUUCCCGCCCGCCGCCGGCAGAGGCGAAGUACCGCAAGCGCCAGCGGUGCAAGACUUGGUUGCCGACGCACAUGUUCCAUGCGAAGCGUGCGCAUAUGGCCACCUCCAAGGAUCCUGUCUGGCGCUUUGCGUUGCCGCUCUCGCCUACUGAGAAGAGUUAUCGUCCUACUCAUCGCGCGAGAGGGGCAAGGGGUGCUGUUGCUUGGGAUAUGAGUUAUAUGUCUACUAUCCAGUUGGAGGGGACGGGGGAUGCGAUCGAGGCUGUUUUGAGAGUUAUGGGUAUUGAUGGGGACGAGGCGUUGGGGGUGAAGGGAAGGAAAUGGCGUGCUGGAACGAGGGCAUUGCAGGCAUGGAUGUUUGAGAAGGAGUGCCGUGUCAGACCGAUUGCGCCGGUGGCUUUGAUCUGGUGUGCCCGGCCACGUUCCGAGGAUGUCGAAAUGGGCGAUGUGGGCAAACCCAAGAAAGAUCGGUCGAAGCUUUGGAUCCGCGUUCAUCCCUCGGCAUUUCUGCAGCUGUGGAACGAACUUCUCGAGGUAUCGAAACGACAGAAUCCUGUGGUCAUGGUGGAGGAUCUGCGUUUUGAAAUCGGCAGCAUUGAAAUCACUGGCCCGGGUUCAACAGAGGCCCUGCUGGCCGCGUUGCAGCCAAUUCGCGGGUCGGAUGGAAACGCUGCAACCUUGCAAAGCCCGGAAGAUACCUGGCCAGCAUUACUGGGCGUGUCCAAUCCAUCGUCCCUCCCGCAGAAUGCUCUUCUGUCCUUUAUGGUCUCUGAUCCUCGGCUUCAUUUCCCUCCCCGCACCCUUCGACCCCGGGAGAAUGAUGAGUCGCACAUGAAUGACCUUGCCACGUUACUAGCCUCAUGGCCACCGGACCAAACACAAGGCCCGUCUCCGAUCUUCGAUCGCUCCACUCGACUAACCGCUGCGCGCCAGCUCCCAAGCCAGAAGGCUAUCAAUCGCCGCCGCGCCCUCGCCGGUCCGGGCAAUUACCCACCUCCCCAACCAUCCGACCCCCAAAUUCCAAUUAUGGCCAUUGCCACACGCCCACAGUCCCGCAACAAUCAACGCAGCAAUGCCCCCGGCUCGUGGACUAUUCUUCUCCCUUGGAAAUGUGUGACCCCCGUCUGGUACUCACUCAUGUACUACCCGCUCUCCAGCGGCGGAAACCCGCGCUUUGGCGGGUUGAAGGAACAACAACAGCUUGCCUUUGAGGCGGGCGAGCCUUGGUUUCCUGGUGAUUUUCCUGGCACGCGGGCUGGCUGGGAAUGGGGCCUGCGUGAGACGGAAAGGACGCGCGUGGAGUGGGAACGCAGACCUAAAGGUCGUCGACAUGAGUUUGACUCGCUGGUUUUGGGGGCUGGACACCCGAAGGGCGAGAUUGGGCGUGGUUGGGCGUGUGAUUGGGAGAGACUGCUUCGUGGAGGGCCACCACAGGUUGGUGAUGGUUCAGCAGACAAAGACAUGGACAAGGAUAAAGACAGCAAUGGUGCCAAUACUGUGAUCCCGCCUCUCGACAUGCACAAUCUCCGCUGCUUUCCAUCCGAAAUCAACCAGUUCAUAACCAAAAAGUCCGACCCCUCCGCCCUGGUGACCGUCCACAUUACUCUCUCCACGCGUGGCACGCCCACGCCUCGCGCGCGCAUCUACCGGCUUCCCAGCGAUCCAGUUCUUCGACAGAAAUGGCUCGACCUUGCCUCUCCCUCUGCUCGGGGGUCUGCUCGUCCUCGUCCUCGUCACCAGAAGCCUACAAAUAAGAAUACCUCUCCGGAAGAAACACGCCGCCAACUCAUCGAGUCCCUUAUUUACCCUUCCGCUGAGUCCGACGCAGAGCAUCUAGAUGUUCCGCCUGAAGCGGAUCUCAUCGGGUUUGUCACGACGGGGAAUUAUAACCUGUCCGAAGGGAAAGGGACGGGUGUUGGGUGUAUUUUGUUGGAGAGGGUUGUUGGGACUAAUGCUAAGAUGUCUGAGAAGAAGAUGUGCAUUGUUCGUGCUGCCGGGGAGAAAGUGGGUAGGUUGGGGAUUUGGGAGGUUGUUUGA